AUGACCGCUGGACUCCCACUCACCGCCGCUGGCCUACGGCUGUACCACAGGCUGAUGCACGCGCUGCGGAGCACAGAGGCGCGAAUUCACCGCGACGUGCAGCACGAGUACGAGCUGCGGCUGCGUAACCAGUCACGACGCGCCGGUGAGAAGGCGUCCUUUUUGCAGAAGCGAGCGGAGCACAGGGUGGCUGCCCUCAAUGCCUGGCAGAGUGAUCACGCGGCUGCGCUGGAGUCGGCGUUGCGUGAGCGAGAUGAGCAGGCGCGACGCGCGAACAACGCCAUCGCGGAGCUGCAGGAGGGGCAGCGGGCACAAAUGUUGCUGCGAGAGGAGAACGCGCGGCUGGCGAAUGCAGCCAAGGCGAGCCGCGGCGUGACAGCUAAGCUCGAGGCUGCACUCAAAGCGCAGGAGCAGACCAUUGCCAGCCUCAGGACGCAGAUUCGGGCAGAAGUGUGA